AUGGGGCGAAGACCAGCGAGAUGUUAUCGGUACUGCAAAAACAAGCCUUAUCCAAAAUCAAGGUUUUGUCGAGGUGUUCCUGAUCCGAAAAUCCGAAUUUUUGACCUUGGAAAAAAGAAAGCGACGGUCGACGAGUUUCCUUUAUGUGUGCAUUUGGUAUCGAAUGAAUUCGAGCAACUUUCGUCUGAGGCUCUGGAAGCUGCUCGUAUAUGCGCCAACAAAUAUCUGACAAAAUAUGCCGGAAAAGACGCGUUUCAUAUCCGAAUGCGCGCUCACCCUUUUCAUGUGAUUAGGAUCAACAAAAUGUUAAGCUGCGCAGGAGCUGAUAGACUCCAAACUGGAAUGCGAGGUGCUUUCGGAAAACCACAAGGGACAGUUGCCCGCGUAAAAAUAGGUCAAAUAUUAAUAUCGGUACGCGCUAAGGAUGCAAGCAAGGACCACGUAAUUGAAGCUCUGCGACGGGCGAAGUACAAGUUUCCCGGCCAACAACGAGUCGUCGUUUCUUCGAAGUGGGGAUUCACAAAAUAUGAUCGGGAGCGAUAUGAAAAGUGGCGAGACGAGGGUCGACUAAUUCCUGAUGGAGCAAAUGCAAAAUACGUCAGUGGACAUGGACCAUUACAAAAUUGGGUGAAGCAUCCGGUCGACUGA